AUGCGCCUAUCCUGGGCUGCCUCCCCCUGCGGCCUGGCCUGGGGGCCACUCAUCCUGGGCCUCUGCGGUGUCCUGGCAGCGUCCCAAGCCCAACUGCUGAGGGCGGGGCCCCCCCCAUACCACACGGAGAACCAAACCUGCCGGGACCGGGAAAAGGAGUACUACGAACCCAAGCAUCAGGUCUGCUGCUCCCGCUGCCCCCCAGGCAUGCACGUCUUGGCCGAAUGCAGCCACAGCCGGGACACCGUUUGUGCCCUCUGUCCCGAAAAUUCCUACAACGAGCACUGGAACCAUCUCUCCAUCUGCCAGCUGUGCCGUCCCUGUGACCACAUGCUGGGCUUCGAGGAGACCGUGCCUUGCACCAGCAGACAGAAGACCCAGUGCCGUUGCCAGCCAGGAAUGUUCUGCGUGCACUGGGACACUGAGUGUGUGCACUGUGAGCCGCUCUCUGACUGCCCACCUGGCACCGAGGCCCAGCUGACAGACGAAGUCGGGGCAGCUAACAGAAACUGUGUGCCCUGUAAGGCAGGCCACUUCCAGAACACCUCCUCCCCCAGGGCCCGCUGCCAGCCCCACACAAGGUGUGAGGAGCAGGGCCUGGUGGAGGCAGCUCCAGGCACUGCCCAGUCUGACACCAGCUGCAGAAAUCCACCAGAGCACCCUGAGAUGCCAGGAACUGUGAUGGUACUGGCCAUCCUGCUGCCACUGGCCUCGUUCCUGUUCCUCACCACCGUCCUGGCCUGCACCUGGAAGAGCCACCCCUCUCUCUGCAGGAAGCUGGGAUCCCUGCUCAAGAGGCAUCCAGAGGGAGAGGAAUCAAAUACUGCUGACGGAAGCUGGGAGCCUCCAAGGGUCAACCCACAUUUCCCUGACCUGGUAAAGCCACUUCUGCCCUUCCCUAGAGAUACGGCCCCGGCCUCAGCCAGGCUCCCAGCGCCCCCGAGUUUGGAGGAAGAGGCGCUACAGCAGCAGAGUCCUCUCAGCCAGGCCAGGGAGCUGGAGCCUGAGCUCCCAGAGCAAAGCCAGGUGGCCCAUGGCACCAACGGCAUUCACGUCACCGGCGGGUCUGUGACCGUUACCGGCAACAUCUACAUCUACAAUGGGCCAGUCCUGGGGGGGGCACGGGGCCCCGGAGACCCCCCUGCUUCCCCAGAGCCUCCGUACCCCACCCCUGAAGAGGGUGCCCCUGGCCCUCCCGGGCUCUCUACACCCUACCAGGAGGAUGGCAAAGCUUGGCACCUGGCUGAAACAGAGACACUGGGCUGCCAUGCCCUCUAACAGGGCCAAGGACCCAACUCGUCACCCAUGCCUCUUGGUGUCUGGGAACAGCCAGGAGAAGGGAGGUGCAAGAGCACCUUCUCCCUGAGGCUACCCUACCCACACGGAUUGACCUAGGGCCUGGGUAGGGCCCCUGAGAGGCAGACCGUAAGGGGCUGGGCCUCAGACGCGUCUCCGAGAGCAGGGCCGGGCACUGGCUGGGUAUGUACCCGCCACAAGACUCUCACCACCAUCUGAGCAGGCCUGAGACUUCAUUGCAGACCCUCCUGCCCACUGGGCCUGCAGCAGCUCAGCUUCCGGCACGGACAGGGCAUAUGAUGCUCGCUGCUGCCCACCACGGCGCUCUGCACCCUCAGCGUGGCACAGAAGGAGGCCAGUCCUUGUCACUUGCAAGGACAUCAGUGGGACCUCCAGCAGAUUCGUGGUGCUCAUCCCCAAGCUUCAGAGGCCCUUUGAGAGCCCACACAUCACACGGACUGAAGUAGGCUCUAUAUGAAGAUGGAGUUACAUGGAGGACCACCCCUACCCUCUCCGCCUAGACAGGAAAGGGAGUCAUUAAAAACUGGGGGUUUGGAUACACUUAAUAGGUAGAAGGGAGAGUUUGGGAGGGGGAGGAAAAUGGCAAGUGUAUUUAUAAAUUGUAACCACAUGCAAAUAAAGAAGAGAU